AUGUCGGACGCUGACUUUGAGACGAUCAGAAAGCUCCAGCAAGAGCGCAAUGCUGCCGCAGCUGCCAAGAAGGGGUCGCGUACCUUCGACCCCAGCAACCAGCGAUCCGACACGUCCACCAAGGCCAAGUUGACGGACUCCUUCGACACCGAUCUCUAUUCACGCGAUGGAGAUGACAGGUUUGCGGGCUAUCUUACCUCGAUUCCUGCCGAUGGAGACAACGGCGACGAGGAGAUGGCAGAUGCCGAUGCCGACAACUCGCGAAGACUAGUUGGCCAAUAUACAGCCACCCAGUCCCAGAUUGACGAAUUCGCGCGCGGGCACGGAGUCGAGGAAGAUGAUCCAUUUGCAGGCCGCGGAGAGCGAAGCACUCGAAUUGCCGACCGCGAGACCGACUAUCAGAAGCGCCGCUUCGACCGUGUUCUCACCCCAACCCGCGCUGACGCCUUUGCUGCUAAUCGCCAAGCUGGCGCAGCUGACGAUGGCGAGACCUACAAAGAUAUCAUGGAGCGACGAGAGCUCGAGCGGGAGGAAGAAAGGGUACAACGGGCUAUCGCAGCAAAGCGACAGGAGGGCGAAGAUGCCAACGGCGAACACGAAGCUACCCUCCAGAAUGGAGACAAGGAGAACGCUGAAGCUGGAUCGACCGAGGCUGUGACUGCUGGCCGCAAGCGAAAGAAGAGAUGGGAUGUCUCGUCCACGGCUGUCGAUGAGCCAGAGACGGGCGAUGCGGGGAAAAAACGAUCCCGAUGGGACCAGGCUCCCUCUCUGGCUGCUCCUGGAGCAGCUGAUGCUGGCAAGAAGCGAUCACGUUGGGAUCAAGCACCAACUGCCACGCCGAUGGGUCCUAGUGGUCUCGCUACGCCCAUGCACACCUCUGCCAUUGGAGGGCCUGUGCCUUCAUUUGGAACCGACAUCUCUGGGCCAAACGCCCCCAUCAGCGAUGAGGAGUUGGACGAGUUACUGCCAGGACCUGACGAUGGCUACCAAAUCCUCACGCCACCCCCUGGAUAUGCUCCCGUUCGAGCACCCACCCACAGAGUUGUUGCCACCCCCGUGCCCACCAGUGGCUUCAUGAUGCAGGAUCCAGAUAGUGUCAGAUUGGGUGGUGCUCCAAUGCCAAAGGAAAUCCCAGGUGUUGGUGAUCUUCAGUUCUUCAAGCCUGAGGAUAUGGCAUAUUUUGGCAAGCUCACCGAUGGCUCAGACGAAGAUGCUCUCAGCGUGGAAGAGCUCAAGGAGCGAAAGAUCAUGAGACUGCUUCUCAAGGUCAAGAACGGAACUCCACCAAUGCGUAAGACUGCUCUCAGGCAGCUAACCGACAAUGCACGUAACUUUGGUGCUGGACCUCUGUUCAAUCAAAUUCUACCCCUGCUCAUGGAGAAGACCCUUGAAGACCAGGAACGCCAUUUGCUCGUCAAGGUUAUUGACCGUAUUCUCUACAAACUAGACGAUAUGGUGCGGCCUUAUGUACACAAGAUCCUGGUCGUUAUUGAGCCUCUUCUUAUCGACCAAGACUACUAUGCCCGAGUCGAAGGUCGAGAGAUUAUCUCCAAUCUCAGUAAAGCGGCUGGUUUAGCGACCAUGAUCAGUACCAUGAGACCAGAUAUUGACCACGUUGAUGAGUAUGUGCGAAACACCACGGCUCGUGCUUUUGCCGUUGUCGCAUCGGCUCUAGGCAUUCCAGCACUCCUGCCAUUCCUUCGCGCCGUAUGCCGCAGCAAGAAAUCAUGGCAGGCUCGACACACUGGUGUGAAGAUUGUCCAACAAAUUCCCAUCCUGAUGGGUUGCGCCGUUCUGCCUCACCUCAAGGGACUAGUAGACUGUAUCGGCCCUAACCUCAACGACGAGCAGACCAAAGUCCGAACGGUGACCAGUUUGGCGAUUGCAGCUCUAGCAGAGGCAUCAAACCCGUACGGUAUUGAGAGCUUCGACGACAUUCUCAACCCCCUAUGGACUGGUGCUAGAAAGCAACGAGGCAAAGGUCUUGCUGGUUUCUUGAAGGCCGUCGGUUACAUCAUCCCUCUUAUGGACGAGGAUUAUGCCAAUUAUUACACUAGCCAAAUCAUGGAGAUUCUUCUCAGAGAAUUCUCCUCGCCGGACGAGGAAAUGAAAAAGGUUGUUUUGAAGGUGGUAUCUCAGUGCGCUGGCACCGAGGGUGUGACAGCAGGGUACCUCAAGGAACAUGUGCUAGAUGAGUUUUUCAAGAGUUUCUGGGUACGCCGUAUGGCUCUGGAUAAGAGAAACUAUAGGCAGGUGGUGGAGACGACGGUCGACAUUGCUCAAAAGGUAGGAGUUAGUGAGAUUGUCGAGCGCAUUGUUGGCAACCUUAAGGAUGAGUCUGAGGCAUAUCGAAAGAUGACUGUUGAAACAGUCGAGAAAGUGGUGGCCAGUCUAGGUGCAGCGGAUAUUGGAGAAAGAUUGGAGGAGCGCCUGAUCGAUGGUAUCCUCCAUGCUUUCCAGGAGCAAGGUGUUGAAGACGUCAUCAUGCUGAACGGUUUCGGCACUGUCGUCAAUGCUCUGGGUACUCGUUGCAAGCCAUAUCUCCCCCAGAUUGUCAGCACCAUCCUGUGGCGCCUCAACAACAAGUCAGCCACGGUCCGACAGCAAGCAGCCGACCUCAUCUCCCGUAUUGCUAUGGUCAUGAAGCAGUGUGGCGAGGACGCGCUCAUGGGCAAGCUUGGUGUGGUUCUCUACGAAUACCUGGGUGAGGAAUACCCAGAAGUGCUAGGAUCCAUUCUGGGUGCCUUGCGUUCGAUCGUCACAGUCGUUGGUAUCAGCCAGAUGCAACCGCCGAUCAAGGACCUACUCCCACGUUUGACUCCUAUUCUACGAAAUCGACACGAAAAGGUGCAGGAAAACACCAUCGACCUCGUCGGACGUAUCGCAGAUCGUGGACCAGAAAGUGUCAAUGCUCGCGAGUGGAUGCGUAUCUGCUUCGAGCUGCUCGACAUGUUGAAGGCUCACAAGAAGGGUAUUCGAAGAGCUGCCAACAACACAUUUGGUUUCAUCGCCAAGGCCAUUGGACCUCAGGAUGUCCUGGCAACGCUCCUCAACAACUUGCGUGUCCAAGAGCGUCAAUCGCGUGUCUGUACGGCCGUUGCCAUUGGUAUCGUCGCGGAGACUUGUGCGCCGUUCACUGUGCUGCCAGCCCUCAUGAACGAAUAUCGGGUGCCCGAGCUGAACGUCCAAAAUGGUGUUCUCAAGUCCUUAUCCUUCCUCUUUGAGUAUAUCGGUGAGAUGGCAAAGGACUAUGUCUACGCUGUCACGCCACUAUUGGAAGAUGCGUUGAUUGAUCGCGACCAGGUGCACAGACAGACGGCGGCAUCUGUCGUCAAGCACAUUGCACUAGGAGUUGUCGGCCUAGGCUGUGAGGAUGCGAUGGUCCAUCUCCUCAACUUACUUUACCCCAACCUCUUUGAAACAUCGCCACACGUUAUCGAUCGUAUCAUUGAGGCCAUCGAGGCCAUCCGUAUGGCUGUUGGUCCCGGCUUGGUCAUGAACUAUGUUUGGGCAGGCCUGUUCCACCCUGCUCGAAGGGUGCGGACUCCAUAUUGGAGAUUGUACAAUGACGCAUACGUGCAGGCGGCUGAUGCUAUGGUGCCAUACUAUCCCAAUUUGACGGACGAUGGCAUCGACCGGCCUGAAUUAGCGAUUGUGCUGUAA